CGGUAAACACAAUUUAUCAAAAAUUUUUAAACAAAGCAGUGAGCCGAUACUUUUAAGCGUCCGCUCCCUAAACCGUGCUUAUUUUUAAAAUGGAAUUCACAAUAAUGUGAGCUAGAUCUAGAUAUCUUUAGGCAAGGUGAAAUCUAAAUGACCCUCUUUUAACUUUUAUGUCUAUGGAUUUUGAUAGAAGUAUGUUGAAUAAAUAAAGACGAAUAAACAAACAAAUUAUAUAAUUAGUAAUCAUGAAAUGUAUCCAGUGGUGAAAGGUGGAUUACAAAGUUCGACCAAUUAUACCUGGAACCAAGCAGAUCUAUUAGGAAAGGGAGCUACAGCUGAUGUCUAUCUUGGGAGAAAAAAAGAUAAUGGAGAAGUUGUUGCAGUUAAACAGUUUCGAGCCAAUGUUAGAUUUGGACACAGCAGUGAUGUUGAAAUGCGAGAACUUGACGUACUACGGAAACUCAAACAUGAAAAUAUUAUUACACUCUAUGAUAUUGAGCGUCAGUCUAGUACCGGUGUUCUUGUUAUUAUUAUGGAAUAUUGUGAAGGAGGAAGUCUACACGCUCUUCUUGAUCAACCACAAUACAACUUUGGUCUCCCAGAAGAGUUAUUUCUCUUGGUUCUCAAAAAUGUUGUGGACGGUAUUAAAUACCUCAGUAGUAUUGGUAUCAUCCAUAGAGAUAUCAAACCAGGAAAUAUUAUGCGAUGUUUUACAGAAAGUGGAAAAGUAUCAUUUAAACUGACAGAUUUUGGGGCAGCUCGUGAAUUAGAAGAAGAAGAAAAUUUUACUUCAAUGUAUGGAACUGAGGAAUAUCUAUAUCCAGCCAUGUAUGAAACCGCUGUUUUACAUCUCCCAACAGGACAACAAUUUGACGGAAGGGUUGACCUCUGGUCACUAGGCGUUACUUUUUAUCAUAGUGCAACUGGAAAACUUCCAUUUUUACCUCAUGGUGGAAGAAAUAAUAGAGAAACAAUGUUUAAAAUUAUAUCUCAAAAGGAAAGCGGAGUCAUAUCUGGAGUCCAACAUUUUGAAGCAGGUCCCAUACAUUGGAGUCGUGAGCUGCCCCAGACUUGUCUUUUAUCCGGAGGUUUAAAAAGUAUCUUGAUACCAUUAUUAUCUGGCCUAAUGGAAACUAAUCAACAUAAAAUGCUUAGCCAUGAUCAGCUAUUUGGUAUUGUAAAUAAUAUUUGCGGUAAAAUAGCAUUUAAAAUUUUUCACUAUGCUAUGUGUACAGAUUUACGUGUGUACGUAGAUAAAAAUGAAUCAUACUGUGUGCUUCAAGACUGUAUUGCAGGACAAACAGAUAUACCAGCACACGAACAAGUUUUAUUAUUAGAUACUGGUAGACCUUUAGAACAUGAAAUAGAUAUUACAGCCCCUAUAUCCACUUAUUCUAAAUCUAUUUUGAAUAGUCGUUUCUAUAUAUAUAAUUGUACAGUCACAGAACCUCAUGAUCUCAAAUUCCAUGAUAUGCCCACUUUUCCUGACUUUUCUGCAACUUAUGUUGAUUAUGAACGAGAUUCAAAAUUAGCCUUUCAGUGUUGUUCCCGCACUAAUUUUAUUAAAAGAGUUAUAGAAAAUAUUGUCACCAAACAAAAAUGUUUAGUAGAAGGAGAAAAUUGUUUAAGGACUUUCAUCACUUCUAAAUCGGUUCUAACAGGGGAAUCAUUUCUCUGUAUUGAAAGAGUUCUAAGAGAGUCAAAGAAAAGAUUUAAAUUGUUCUUUUCACUAUUAGAAAUAAUCAGUGGCAUAUUGAAAACAACAGGACAAUCUAGAGAAUUAGAUGAACUUUUAUCAGAUAAAACUUUGUUUACAGUGCAUGAAAAGGCGGAAGAAAGGAAAAAUGACAUAGCAAAAUAUAAAGCUGUGUUUGUUGACAAGUUAGAUGAUCUUAGAAUUAAAACGUCAACUUGGUAUGCUGUUUGCGAUGAAGAGUCUUGUAUGAAAACAGUUAAUCAUUAUUGUGAAAAUAUUACAACAACAUUGGGUCGUUUUAGACGGGAUAAAAACGUUAGAAGUCAAAUGUCGACUCACGAUGAAAAAAUUCAUCGUUUUGAAAGAGAUAAACUACUGUCUGUGUGUACCAGGAAUUUUAAACUUCUUAAUGACCAUUGUUGUACAAAUCUACAAAAGUUGUUUCGAGAGGCAAUUCCAAAUUUAUUUUCGCUGGUUAAAGCACAUGGUCGAAUUGUAAAGAUAGAGAGAAAUAUUGAAAGUGUCAUGGAUUGUCAGCAGUUAUUGGGGUCAAGGUUGGAUAAGCUAAUCGAGAAAGCCGAACAUAUUUUAAAGAGGAUCCAACCUACGGUUAGUUAUUCUACUCCAGUACAGCCAUAUACAGCUGCUCAUUAUAGUAGAGACGAAGGAAUAGGUGAAUCUUGUGGUGCAGCAAACCCAUCAGUAAAUCAAGGAAAUCAAAUAGUAAAUGAAUGCAUAGCAGAAAUGACACAAGAUACAAGGGAUAUGGAACAUAUGGCAGAACAAACGUCUUCUAUUUUAACAAGAUUUUCAACCCUUCUUCAAGAAUCCUUAUUUAGUGAUGGAUCAAUAGGAAAUUUUUUAGAUGUAACACAUACAACUAAUAGUUAAUAUUUAAUUUAUUAUCUUACUUUUGCAACAGUUAAAUUCUAUAAACUUGUAUCAAUUCAGCACUUAGAUUAUAACAUAUAUAUAUAUAUAUAUAUAUUUGCUAUCAAUAUACAAAUAAAAACCAAAAACAAAUCAGAUAUUUGAAACUAAUUAUCCAGCAAUAUCAACCUUCAGCUUUUUUUAUGUAGAAAUCUUUAAUUGCAAAUAGAGCAAAUGUGGGAAAACAAAUACUUUGUUCAGGUAUUGUUGGGGGCGGGGGGAUAGAUGGCCGAAUGGUUAGUGCAUGCUCGAUGUAUCAUAAGGUCUGUCAUUGAGUCAACUGGCGUGCUUCGAUUCCCCGGUUGUACGUGACAAGGAGUAGAGUCACCUGUCCAACCUCGUGGGGUUUUUUCCUGGUCCUCCGGUUUCCUCUCACUGCUAAAGACCCCUAUGCACAAUCGAAAUAUUGAAAUAAAACUGAACCAUAUAUUAGUCCCGAAAUUAUGUUAGACAACCUCUCUUUCUCUCAUGUAUCAGUGUAGAUUAUGUACAUUGACAUUUGUUUUAUAGUUAUAGCAAUAAUUUCACUUGCCUUUUCAAACAUUACAUGUCUAGUAAAAGAAUGUAUUUAUAUCUAUGACAGGAAUAUCUGUUAGAAUUCUAGAUAUUAUUGAAGAUGCAGUGUUUCCUGACAUGGCUAUAAACGUAUGGUUUUUACUAGAAUUAAGAUCGGUUGCUAAACAGAAAUAGACAGAUUUUGACAUUUACAAGGCUUAUAUAUUGAGUGUGAAACCUUUUGUUACCUGGAUGGUCAAUUUUUAGAUUUGACUCAAGUUUCUAAGUUUCAAUUUAGGGGUAUUUAACAGUGGGAGGGAACCGGAGGACCUGGAGAAAACUCACAAAGUUGGACAGGCGAUCCUACUCCUUAUCCGUACAACCGGGGAAUCAAAACCACGCCAGUUGACUCAAUGACAAACCUUAUGAUACAACGUGCACAUGCUAACCAUUCGGCCAUCCAACCCCUCUAAACACACAUCUUUUACAAUGUUUAAUUAUUAAAGUUAACUUGGUUUUGAAAACAUAUAUUUAUUUUUAAUAUUAUCUGUCUAGUUCUCCAUUUGGAAAUACAGUUUUCAUUACUCACUGUAUAA